AUGGAAGGUAGCCAACCCUCUGAUCCAACGUCGCAGCCAGAAGGUGCAAAGCCCGGCGAGCCUUCGCGGGCCCCUUUGACUCCGGAGCAGACGCGGAGAAUUGAAAUCAACAGGAUGAAGGCCAAAGCAAUACGAGAACAACGCGAAGCAGAAGAAGCCAGCAAAUCCCCCGCAAAUGCGUCGACCACUGCGCCAUCCGGUGUCAAGCGAUCCUAUUCCUCCAUGACAUCGGAAACGCCAGCGACAGUCCGCGAUGCUUCGAAAAGUCGCCCAUUGGAUACGAUCAGGCCCGCUCGCAAUUUUACCAAAUUUGUCGAUUACGAUUUCAGCAAGAUGACAGAUACCAAGGGAGGGUUUUUGACCGAAGAAGACGAUCCGCAUAACAGAGCGCUCCAUAUGGGUGAUGGGAAGAGGGAACAAAAGCCGGCAAAUAUGACGCAAAAGGAAUGGGAACGGCAGCAAUUACUACAGUCGCUACGACGGGAGCGCGCUGGACCGUUCGAGCCGGCUAUCAGCGUCCUGGAAGAUAAGAGCAAACAAAAAACAUGUCGAGAGUGUGGCAACUUGGAGAUCGAUUGGAAGUGGGAAGAAAUGCUUAAAUGCUGCGUGUGCAGUUCGUGCAAGGAGAAGUUUCCAGAGAAGUACAGUCUACUUACGAAGACGGAAGCUAAGGAGGAUUACCUCCUAACUGAUCCUGAACUCCGAGACGAAGACUUGCUACCGCGCCUCGAGCGCCCCAAUCCCCACAAGUCCACAUGGAACAACAUGAUGCUUUUUCUCCGAUACCAAGUUGAAGAAUACGCCUUUUCAGAUAAAAAAUGGGGUUCUCCAAAGGCUCUUGAUUCGGAAUUCGAAAGACGAGAGAACGAUAAGAAGAAGCGGCGCGAAACCAAGUUCAAGAGCAAGUUGGAGGAUUUGAAGAAGCGCACGCGAGUCGAUGCCUAUCGACGCAACCGUAAAGGUGCCACUGGAGGAAACUUUGGUGAUGACUUGGGAAGCGGGAGGCACGUCCAUCAAUGGGGACGGUCGAUUGAAAAUCCAGAAACAGGCAUUGGGGUCAAAAAGUGCGUGGAUUGCGGGAUGGAAGUGGAGGAACUGGAGUUUUGA